AUGCAGACGUGGUAUCGCCCCCAUCCGUACGGCAUUUACCCUCGAGGCAACGCCGUCAAGCGCUCUGACAUAUUCGACCGUCUCGGCACUCUUUCUCUCUUCACCACCGCAACGACGCAUGACGACAAGGAGCACACGGAGCAGCCUUACCUGGACCUCGUUCAGAGCGUUCUUGCCUUUCUCGCGGUACCCGAUCUGUGCCGACUGUCGCGCAGCUGCACGGGCUGGUAUGUGCUCGUACACUGCACAGAUGCCUUCAAGACGGCGUACACGGCGUUGUCGCCGUCGUACCUGCGAUUCCGUGGCAGCUGGAAGGAAACGGCUGUGCGAGGUUACGUAGCAGCGCAUGACCACACCUCGGACGCGGCCCCCGUCACUUCCACCACGCAUCGAACUCCCUACAAGAAGUCGAGGGUGGAGAGCAAGGGUAAGCGGGCCGCUGCGACGCUGGUUGGUGAGACACCUGUCGCGUUUGUAAGCCACACCCCGGUGUGCGUGCGCCAUCACUUCUUCUGUGAUCAACUUUUCCAGGCAUGGAUGUGCACAAUUCUACCACCCUACUACCACCUGCACACCGUCACGGAGGAGCGGGAGGAGGCGUCGUCGUCAUUCUCGUCCUCCUCGGCACGGACUGAGAAGUGUGCGGGGCAGACCUAUGGGUCUAAGGGCCGGAGAACUCAGCGAGAUGCGGCAUGGCCCGCCUCGACCACCAGGCUGGCGGAUUCGGUGGACGCAACUCAGAGCCACAGCCCACCGUACAUCUCAAAGUUUCGCCCUGUUGAACGGCGCAGUUGCAUUUCCGUCGCUGAGUUCCACGAGUGCUUCGAGAAGCCGAACUUACCGGUGGUGAUCACAGACGUAGCGACGGAAUGGCCACUCUUCAAGAUCCUCCAGGGCCGCUUCACCAACUUGGCGGACAAGAAGGACUCCCUCAUGCGUAGCGGCUGCCCUGUGACGUCACCGCUGCGCUGCGAGCACACAAAUAUGAAUCUGGAAGACUAUGUGCACUACGCGACGGAGCAGAACGACGAGCGGCCGAUAUACAUGUUUGACGCCGAGUUCGGCAGUGUGCUGGAUGUGGAGAGGCUGUACACGGUGCCGCCCUGCUUCGCCCGGGACGACUUUUUUUCCAUACUUGGCGACCGCCGGCCCAAGUUUCGCUGGAUCAUCGCAGGCCCGCAGCGUAGUGGCAGCAGCUUCCACGUGGACCCCAACUACACCAACGCGUGGAACGCGAACAUGACGGGCCGCAAGCGGUGGCUGCUAUUUCCUCCUGGGGCGACGCCACUUGGGGUGGUGCCGAGUGCAGACAUGGCUGAGGUAGCCACCCCAGUGUCACUGACAGAGUGGCUCUUGAACUACUACGACGCAACCCUGCAGGAGCUACAGCACUGUGGGUACGAGUGCAUUUGCGAGCCUGGCGACAUUAUGUUUGUGCCGUGCGGGUGGUGGCACUACAUCAUCAACCUCGAAGACUCCAUUGCCAUUACGCAGAACUACGUCUCGCGGAACAACUUGCCCAAGGUAACCAAGUUCUUGCGUGCCAUGAAGGGGUCCAUCAGUGGCAUUGACGAGGAUGCCGACACCUCGACGGAGGAGUCUACGGCAAAGCGGCAGCGCGGCUUUGCGAAGGAGUUCGAGGCCGCCAUGGAGGUGGCGCACCCAGCUUUGAUGCAGGACGUGGCGCGGCAGCUCGAUGAGGAGCGUCAGGAGCGGGAGAAACGCCGGCUUGGUCGCUUGAUGCUGCUAGACCCGUCUUCAGAGGGCUUUGCCUUCAGCUUCUAG